UUUUUCUUCUGCUUUGCACUGUCGUGUUGGACCACAGAAUCCCGUGACCCAGAGAGAAGAGAAGGAUUGCAGAAGUCAGGAGGUCAGCAAGACCAGCGCCAGGACCAGAGCCACGAGCGUCUUCAUGUCCAGCGGUGUCCCUGCCCGCUGCUGCUGCAGUUCUGAGCGCGAGCCGCGGGGGGACCGGCUCCAGUAGAUGCUUACGUCACCCGCCCCCCGGACCGGCCUAGCGCGCAGCUGGCAACAUCUGGGUCUGCUGCGGCUUGUCCCCGGAACGAGCCGGCACAUCCUGCUUUAUCAUACUGAACACGCGCAGGAUGCAUUUAGUACUUCUGAGUAUAUGAUUUUGUGUGCUUUUUUUUUGUUAUGACUUGAAAGAAAACACUUUUCUCCAAAUCAAAUCCGAACUUGUGGACCUGGUAUCAAAGCGCCCUUUUGACGUUUAAGGCUGUAGUGCGCGCCCUGUCCACUCGGCGGCGCUGCAAACCUGUUGUUGCGGUCUUGUUUUUAUUCUACGGAGUCGGGAUAUGGCUCAGCGCUACACGAGUCCCCACAUCAUAAUGGAGGUUUCAUUACUGUCUUGUAUGUGAUAAGAUGGCAGAGCUGGGAGACUUUGUUUACACCAUGAGCAAAAAUUCGAAUCCUACCAGUUAAUCCAUGUUAACUUUCAGAAUGCACAGAGCUGAUUAAAGGCAGAGGACAGUGCGGCACAGAACAUGUGAAAGCUGUGCUUGAUCGCCCUGCGGGAUGUGGUCUGUAGAUGCGCAGUUGGUUUUAUCUCGAGGUGCAGCUGUUUUCCGCGUGCGGAGCCCGAGCCGGGGGGCAGGAGCGUCGUGACGUCACGGUUUCCGCUUCCGCUGAUUGGCCGGCAUGACAGCUGCAGCAGGCGCGGGGGUCGGGGUCGUGCUGUGGGCAUUGAUGGAUGACACCGCCGUGUCUGGAUCUGCGUGUCCAGCCGAGGCGCAGCUCAGCGGCUGCUUGCGAGGGCAGGGGGCGCGGGCCGCGGUGUGAGCCCAGGGGGCCGGGCUGGUCACUGCCGGAGUCUGCUGCACGGGGGCUCGCAUUCGCCGGUUUCGCUGGAGCCUCGUCUCCACAAAGAUCUGUCUCAGCAGCCGCCCGCGGUUGAGCCUGUACGUUAGUCCUUCCUGCGUGAACCCGUCCGGCUUCUUGCAAGCCACGCGAAUCACGGGAUGCGUGGAAACGGCCCUCCCAGAGGCACCUGCGUCGUGGCGCUGUGCUGAGCGGCCACCAGCUCGUGUUUCUCCGCUGAACCAGUCGCCGUGUCGUCAGUAAACAAAGCGGCCGCGCACAGAGAGAGGCAGACGAGCGUCUCUCCUGCACCAGCGCGAUGGAGGGGGAGGAGGGCGGCGAGCCGGCCCGGGACGAAUGGAGGCUCCUGGCUUGGACUGCGCUGGCGGUGCUGGUGCCGGUGGCGCUGACGCUGUGGUGCAGCGUGCAGCGCUCCCGCAGGAAGAUGCUGAUCAGGGACAUUUUCAGGCGGAGCAAGCACGACUGGCGCUACACCGACCUCUUCAACAAGCCCACGUACUGCUGCCUGUGCGCCCAGCACAUCCUGCAGGGCGCAUUCUGCGAGUGCUGCGGGGUCUGCGCGGACGAGCGCUGCCUGCGCCGCGCCGACAGGAGCCUGCCCUGCAAGGAGAUCAUGGCGCCGGGCCCGGGGGACGGCUCGCUGGCUCACCGCUGGGUCCGGGGCAACGUCCCGCUCUGCAGCUACUGCGCGGUGUGCCAGCAGCAGUGCGGCACGCAGCCCCGGCUGUGCGACUACAGGUGUGUCUGGUGCCAGACCACGGUGCACGACGACUGCAGGCCCGGCCUGGCGGAUGGGGGCCGCUGUGACCUGGGGGAGUUCCGCAGCCUGAUCAUCCCCCCGCAGUACCUGCACCGCGUCAACCGGCUGCGCCGCGGGCAGGCGGACGAGUACCGGCAGCUGGCGGCUGCCUGCGGCCCGAACUGGAUGCCUGUCCUGGUCCUGGCCAACACGCGCAGCGGGAACAACAUGGCCGAGGUGCUGCUGGGGGAGUUCAAGACGCUGCUGAACCCAGUGCAGGUGUUCGACCUGACGCAGUUCCCCCCCACCAAGGCCCUGCAGCUCUGCGCCCUGCUGCCUGCAGGCUGUGCGCGCGUGCUGGUCUGCGGGGGCGAUGGGACGGUGGGCUGGGUGCUGGACGCCAUUGACACCAUGAAGCUGAAGGGCCAGGAGCAGUUCGUGCCUCGGGUGACCAUCCUGCCGCUGGGCACAGGGAACGACUUGUCCAACUCGCUGGGCUGGGGCGCGGGGUACGCCGGCGAGAUCCCCGUGGAGCAGGUCCUGCGCAACAUCCUGGACGCGGAGGCUGUCAAGCUGGACAGGUGGAAGGUCCAGGUUACUCCGAAAGGAUACUACAGCUUCCGGAAGCCCAAGGUGCUGACGAUGAAUAAUUACUUCUCGGUGGGGCCGGACGCACUGAUGGCGCUGAAUUUCCAUGCCCAUCGCGAGAAAGUGCCCUCGCUCUUCAACAGCAGGAUCAUCAACAAGGCUGUGUAUUUUUUCUACGGAACCAAAGAUUGCCUGGUCCAGGAGUGCAGGGACCUGGACAAGAGGGUGGAGCUGGAGCUGGACGGCGAGAGGGUGCCACUGCCCAGCCUGGAGGGCAUCAUCGUGCUCAACAUCGGCUACUGGGGCGGCGGCUGCCGGCUGUGGGAGGGCAUGGGCGACGAGCCCUGUCCGCCAACCAGGCUGGACGACGGCCUGCUGGAGGUGGUGGGGGUGUUCGGCUCGUUCCACUGCGCCCAGAUCCAGGUCAAGGUGGCCAACCCGGUGCGUCUCGGCCAGGCCCACACGGUCAGGCUGGUGUUGAAGAGCUCCAGGAUGCCCAUGCAGGUGGACGGGGAGCCCUGGGCACAGGGGCCCUGCACGGUCACCAUCACGCACAAGACCCAUGCGCUGAUGCUGUACCACUGCGCCGACCAGACCGACGACGAGGACGACAACUCCAGCAGCUCCGAGCACGAGGCCCCUCCCAGCGCGCCGGCGCCCGGCCCCGAGGGCUAGACCCGGCUGGCACAGCAGGCACGCCUCCCGGUAAUCCCCGAAUCCGCAGUCUCCAUCUCCCUCUCCGGGGACUCUCCGGGGCACCGGCGGUCUGGGUGCUUGUGCCAGGAUUUGAAUUUUUCACUUUUGUACUUACUGGUGUGGACUGUCACUGAGGUCGAGCAGCCCUGCAGGGGGCGCUGCAGGCCGUGCUGGUCUCUGGCACCAGCAGGGUAAUUAAACACAAGCCCUGCGUGUCCCAAGCGUCACGCCCGCAGGACUGGGAAACGGUCACUGCAGCCGUGACAACUGUGAUGCCAAACAACCAGGACUGAUGUCAGGAAUGGUAGAAAAAAACAGCCACUGUUGUCACGACCCCAGAGUUGAGCUUAAAGGAACCUGAUCUUUGUUUUUGUGUUCACCAGUACUUGCUGAGUGAUAAUCCCAGUCUUACAUGUUUACUUCAUUCGUCUUUUUUUUUUUUUAAACGUUGCGCACAAGGCUGGAUGUCAUUUUAAUUCCAGCAGAACA